AUGAUACAAAUAUUAUUAACAUAUACUUUGCAUGUAGAAAUUUAAUUUCCUUAAUUUUGCUUUGCACACUCUUUAUUUUAUGCUUACUUAAUGUUUAAGAACUAAGUGAAAUUUUGGAUCUUAUUUGUAAAUUUAAUAUACAUUGAAUUUUAUUGUAUAGUUAGACUAUUUGAACAUUUCGAUAAAUAAAUAAUCUGGCCAGCAAUUCAUUAUGGCACUGUCUAUUUUAUAUUUACCUUAAUGAAUUAUGAAAACUUUUAAUAAUAAAAUUUAUAGUCAUCUCCAAAAUUAAUAGAGCUAUUUUAGAAUUCAGAAAGAUAUAAGUGGAAAGAAAUGAGUUAAUAAGAACUAUUUUAAGAUAAUUUUACAAGAAAUUCAUGUUUCAAUUAAAUUAGAGAAGGAGUAAUACUUUAUGAAUAAGGAUAUGAAAAGUAGCCAACUUUUAUUAAUAGUUCUGCUAAACAAAUGUUUUAAAUUUCAGAUGAGAAUUAGAUUUAAACAGCUUAUUAAAAUUAUUAUAAGAUUGAAAAAUUAGAUGCAAAGAAAUCUAUGCAAUCUGUUAAAAGUAUAGGAAUUGAAAUAUAAAAUUCUAUAAAGUAAUAUAGUGGAUCCAUAUCAUUUAAUUCAAAAUAGCCAAGCUAACAUAUUCCUUAGCAAGGAUCAAAGGAAGUAAAUUUGUUAUAAAUGCUUGAUAAAAUUUGGUAUAAAUAAAAUAAAGAGAGUUAUUUAUUUUAUGUUUAAUAAUCAAAACUUCUUAAUUAAGUAAUGUAUUGCAUAUUAAUAGUCUAAAUCAUCUCCUAUUCUAGAAGUGAAUGUUUAUGUAAAUUCUUAAGUAAAGAAAGUUAUGACUUUAAUUUGUAGAGAUUUGAGUUACAAGAAAUAUAUAAAGUAACUUUAAACACAUUAUAAUUAUAAAUCUAAAAUGAUUAGUUUUGUAUCUCAUGAAUUCCGAGCUCCUUUGGGUUGUAUGAUAACAAUGUUAGAACAUGUUGCUAAAGAAUAAAAUAAUUUAUAUAUAUAGAAUUCAAUUGAUAAUUCAAGAUACUUAUUGAAUUUAUGUAAUGACUUAUUGGAUUUGGCACAGAUUUAAGCGAACAGGUUUUAAUUAAAAAUGGAAAGGUUUAACUUAAAGUUAUUGUGUUAAGAAUGUUUAUAGAUGUUUAAUCUUCAAGCUGAGAAAAAACAAUUAAAAUUAACAUUAUAAUAUUAAUCUGGUUGUCCAGACAUAAUUGAAUAAGAUUAAAAUAGAAUAAAAUAAAUAAUGAUUAAUUUAAUAGGGAAUGCAUUUAAAUUUACUUAAGAAGGAUAUAUAUUAUUGAGAGUAGAAUUAGUGGAAGAUUUAGUAAUAGAAAUAAGUAUAUCUGAUUCUGGAAUAGGAGUACAAGAGUAAGAUAAAGAAAUGUUAAUGAAGGCUUUUGGAAAGAUUAAUUCUGAAGAGAGUAAGAAAUUAAAUGCAUAAGGAGUAGGUUUAGGAUUAGUAAUUAGUAAUAAAAUUGCUUAAUAAUUGGGUUAAGGUUUAAAAUUUGAAUCUAUUUAUCAUAAAGGUUCAAGUUUUUCAUUUACGAUACAUUUAUAAGAUCUUUAGAUUUAUGAAUAAGAAAUUGCAAAAUCAACUAGUAAUAAAUUAUCAGUUUUAAGAGGGGAAUGUGAAGUUAUUGAAAAUUUAAAUGAAGAUGAAGAAAGUUUGAAAGAAAUUUAAAUUAUAGUUACGUAACCAAAAAAAUAGAUGAGUUCUAUUGUUGAUUGUUGCACUAAAAUAUUAAUUGUUGAUGAUACUUAAUUCAAUAUAGAUACAUUAUAAAUGCUAUUAAUUAGAAUGUAUACUUUAAUAUUUUAUCUAGAGGAAUUCAUUAAAUUGAUUAUUCAAUUAAUGGAUACAAAGCAAUUGAAAAAGUUAAAAUAAGAGAAAAAUGCAACUUUUGUAAUUCCAAUAUGUACGGUUUAAUAUUUAUGGAUUUAGAAAUGUUAGGAAUUAAUGGAAUAAAUGCAUCUAAACAUAUAUUUUCAUAUUGUGAAGAAAAUGACUUAAGAUCUCCAAUAAUAGUAGCUUGCUCAGCUCAUUAAAAGGAAAUUGAAUUUCCAAAAUGUUAAUAAGUUGGUAUGAAAUUUUAUUUAGAAAAACCUGUUUAAAUAAGGUAACUCUAAACUAUUGUUGAAUAUUACAGAAGUACAAUUUGA